AUGAGCUUGCAAGGAUGCAGCACCCAGUGUAAAGUACGACAGUGUUCUCAAUGUCAGGGGGAUACAGAAUUCUGCUGUAACACGUGUAGAGAUUACCUGUGUCUACAGUGUAAAGAGAAACAUGUUAAUGACCUAGACACCAUAUGCCAUGAUGUGAUAAUAUACCGUGAGAAAUUUAAAUACAUUCCAAAACAAGAGACAUGUGCGAAACAUCCAGACAAAAUCUAUGAAAUGUUCUGUCACUCAUGUAAAUUUCCCGUCUGUUUCCAAUGUGAAAAACACAAAAAACACAAUGUACUAGACAUAAGAGCAGCAUAUAAAACAAACAGACAACAACAUAAAGAAAUAGUUCACAACAUCAGAAGUGAGACUCUUUAUAACAGUUUUUCUCUCCUGGCAGAAAUCAAAACUGAUAUGAAAACUUGUCACACCGAAAUCUCUAACCGUCAGUCAGAGAUGUUAACAAAAGCCCAGAGAUUAAAGGACCUCAUUGACACUAUGAUAUUUGAUGUGAAAAUUAGACACAAAACCCUUAUUCAUAGACUGCAACAACAGAAGAGAAAAAUGAAGAGAAACCUUGCUAGCAUAGAGAACUAUGAAGACAGAUCUGAACAGUCAGCAAACAGACCGAUAAUAUUCCUCUUAUUCUUAAAGAAAACCCGUGUCCCCAAGAUAAAAGACACUCCUAUUCUCACACAAUACGCCCUGCUAUAUUUGACUAAAAGAUUCAACACGAGGGAUGUAAUAAUGUGUGUGAGUAAUAUCCAAACAAUAGAGACAAGAAAAAGACAAAUAAGAAAUAAUCGUUUGCUAAAACUGAUGUCUACACCUGUGUUACACAGAACUGACACAGUGCCAAAUGUUAAUUAUAUAAGACACAUUACCUGUGUGACGUCAAACUUGUUCUGGAUCAGUGAUUAUAAGAAUAUCAUAUUGACAAACACAGCAGGUGAUACACUACAUUUUCUGGCUGAUAUAAAACAGUGGGGUUAUGCGGUACAUACAGUGAACAUCACCGGUGAUCUUAUUUAUAUAGACAGGGAUCAUAACAUUGAUAAACUAUCUAAAGAUAACAAAAAUAUUUCUAUCCUGAUAAAGGAAAGAAGACCAUGGAGACCAGACUGUGUCUACAGCUCCCCCUCCAGUGGAGACCUGCUGGUCGGGAUGUGUAAUACUGAUACAAAGACAGCCAGGGUGAAUAGAUAUAGCAAUACAGGACAUCACUUACAGAAAAUACAACACAAUAACAAAGGUCAAAAUCUGUACAGUAGACCUCUGUACAUCACAGAGAACUGCAAUGGAGAUGUUAUUGUAUCUGACUUAGACCAUGGUGUAGUGGUGACACAGGGUGAUGGGAGAUAUCGCUUCUCCUACAUAGGAUCCCCAUACGGAUCAUUACUAGAACCACGUGGAAUCUGUACAGAUGCAUUGUCACACAUCCUGGUGUGUGACUUUAGGAGCCAAUGGGUACACAUUAUUGACAAAGAUGGCUACUUCCUUUCACUGAUAGUGACACAACAGCAUGGGAUAGACAAACCAUGGAGCCUGAGUUAUGACAACAAAACACAUCUUCUCUGGGUUGGAUCGUGGGGCAAUGACAGAGUGUGUGUUUACAGAUACAUAGAGAGGCAGAACUAUUUGACAGAAAAUUGUGAAUAG